AUGCUAAAUAAAAAAUCAUUUGAUUUAUAUAAAGAUGAAAAAAAGACCAAAACUACCGAAAGAUUAUAUCAACCUAAGAAAUUUCGUUGGUGUAAAUAUAUUGUUCUGCCUUUAUUAUUUGGUUUCGUUUUAUUAUUGAUUUUAACAAAUGUCGAUUUUACCGGGGAAGCCUAUAAUAAAAAUCAAAAUUUUCGACAAGAAAAUACUAUAAUGUUUUCACCGGAUCAAACUUUACAACCAAAUGUUGGAAUGUAUUCAUCGGAUAAAACCAUUUUGGGAUCUUUAGGCCAAAUAAAAUCCUCAAUAUCACGUGCAUUAAACUGCAUACAGUCUACAGAUAGCUGUUCUCUCACUUGUGUUGGCGGUAAUAUCAAUAAUAUUUACAAACAAUUGGAACAGUUGUAUAAAUCAUGUAAUAAAGAUUUAGAUUUAAUAUUGAUUGAUUGUUCAUUGCCCUCGGGUAGACUGAAGGCCAGUUUCUUUCAAGGCAAUUAUUAUCUGAAAACAAUCAACAUUACCAAUUGUAAUUUAGCUGUCAUCGAUAAUAAAGCAUUUGCCCAGGAAUCUGUUAAAAAUCUAAGGAAUUUGACACUAAUCAAUACAAGUUUUCCAACAUUAGAUAUGACUGCCUUUGAGGGUUUACAGCAGUUGGAAUAUUUCCAAUUGGUUAAUAAAAUAUCCUGGUCUACAUUUAAGGGUGAUGGAUUUUUGUUUUAUUUUUCUGACACCCUUACCUCUUUGGUCAUACAGCAAGAGGCUUCCAAAUCUACAGUUUACGAUCCCUUGUCCUGGUUGCAGGGUGCAACAAUGGAACGUCUCACCUCUGUAAAUUUGUCUAAUAAUAAUUUUCAAAAUAUUUUACACAGCAAAACCUUUGCAACUUUAACUGCUGUACAAUAUUUGGAUCUAUCAUAUUGUUCCCUAACUUUUUUAGAAGCCAAGACAUUUGAUAGUAUUCUCAAGACCCUUAAGCAUUUGGAUUUAAGUAAUAAUCAUUUGUCUUCAGUACCGGGAGAAAUGCUAAGGCAUAUGAAUGGUUUAGAGUUAAAUUUAUCAUUUAAUUAUUGGUUGUGUACCUGUGAUAAUAAAGAAAUGUUGCAAAUUAUUAAAUGGAAAUUGGUAGACUUGCAACUUUUAGAUGAAACAAAUAUCAAAUGUUAUACACCAAUGGAAUGGCAAGAUGUACCUGUCGAUGAUUUAGUUUUGGAUUGUCUAGUAAGCACUACGUUGGGUAUAAGCUGGACUACUAAUGGUGAAAUAACGGAAGAAGAAACAGAAAUUACAUCCGAAACAACAACAACACCAACCCAGUGUCCGGAUAAUUCCACUAUAACAACUGUAACCUCAGGUGAAAUUAGCAGCUCUAGUGACUCCAGUAAUGAGUCCAGCAGCAGUAGUCACACAUCUGAAGAGACAAACGAAACAUCAAGUGAAAGUAUUGAAACAACAACAGAAAUUUUCACAACUACUACGCCCAAGCCAACUUUAUCUACUACCACUAAAAGAACCACCAUAUUUUAUACUACAACUACUACCAGUCGCCCUACAACCAGCCGCCCACUAACGCCUAUUUCUUGUUCCAAUAAGAGAGCCCACCUACUGAUAGUUGAAGCAAAAUGUCAUUUUUUCAUUAAACCUAUCUCUGCCACAGCAAUAAAAAUUGUCACAAAUACUUUCCUCACCAACAUGAGUGUCAUUUAUUUUCACGAUGCCAGAAAUAAUACCGUGAUCUCAAAUAUGCAAGAAUAUUUCACCAUAAUAAAUAAUUUAAAUUCCUCGGAAAUUUAUGUCUUUUGUUUGAUAUGGCAUAAAUUCAAAAAUGGUAAAAUUAUUUACGAUUGGAAAAUUUCACCAUUCGAUUGUCGCAGCUAUAGUCAUGCGGACGUUUUACCACAACCUUGGCUAGAAAAAGAAGAUCAAAUUUGGAUUAUAUGUCUUGUGGUAUUGGGCUCAUGUCUAAUGGUAUUUUUGGGCAUAAUCUUGGUGGUGCUAAUAAGACGUUGGAAGAAUGAUUAUAAAUCUAAAUACGAAAGAACCUUUAAUAGAGACUCAGAGAGUGAACCUAAUUAUUUGGAACCAACUGCAAAUAUGUCGCAUCAAAAUUGUGAUGUCAUUGUACGUCCAUUCGCUAGAUUGUACGUUUCUCGACACCAACCACCGGAUGUUGCGGCUCAACAUAUAAACUGUGUUCUAAAUCAUGAUUUAUAUGAGGAAUUGAUUUUGUAA